CGGCGCUGCACCUCCGCUGCCCUCUGUACUAAUUACGAUGAGCUCCUCCGCCGGCGACCAUGGCACGCAGCCCAACAACACGCUCUACAUCAACAACCUCAAUGACAAGGUGAACAAGGAGGAGCUGCGGCACCAGCUGUUCGCGCUGUUCACGACGUACGGCAAGGUCAUCGACGUCGUCGCGCAGAAGGGCGCGAAAAUGCGCGGGCAGGCGUUCCUGGUGUUCAGCGACCUCGCGGGCGCGACGGCGGCGAUGCGCGCGUGCGAGGGGAUGGUGUUCUAUGACAAGCCGAUGCGUAUCCAUUAUGCGAAGUCAAAGUCGUACGCCACUCUGCGGAGGGAGGAUCCCAACUUCAUCCCUCCAGUGGCCGCGGCAGUGCACAAUGCGACACUUGCUUCGGACAAGCGGGCCCGGGAGGACGAUAUGAAUGUCGACGAGAGGGCGUCAAAGAAGGAAAAAGCUGAUGACGAAGAUGGCGAAGAGAUGGAGAUCGAAGACGAUGAAGAGGGGGGGAGCAAGCAAGCCGUCCCUCCAGCCGUCAGUCUGCCCUCCGCGCGCCUACUAUGUACAAAUCUCCCGCAAGAAGUCACAGACGACGUACUAUCCGUCCUAUUCCAGCAGUAUCAGGGCUUCCAGUCCACACACGUGGUGCCUGCGCCCCAGCCUAAUGCGGCCGGGCAGAAGGUAAAGAUGGCGCAGGUCCUGUUCGACUCGCCGGAACUCGCCACGGUGGCGAAAGAAGCCUUGGACGGCUUCACGCUUAAAAAGGGCUGGAUCAUGUCCGUUGCAUAUAUCUGACGUGUUGUAAGUAAUCGUCGAUCCUCCCGUGUACAGUACUGCGCUCGCGGAAUAGACUGCGGAACGCCCAGGUCUCGG